AUGCAUCUAAUUACUAUAGAUUCACAUAGAUUCACCACGUUUUUGGGGGAAGCUCUUCUGAGGUCUUGCACCAUGCCCUGUCCCUUUCCCCCCCCCCCACAACUCACUGAAGGUGAGUUCAUCGAUGUGGUGGCCGCUGCUGUGGGCGUCCGUGCCUACCACCGUGCCAGUGGCCGACCCAUGCCGAAGCUACCAGAACUGGCAGACAAUCAGCCUCCGCUCUUCAGCCGUGUGCGGGAGAUUUGCUCCAGUGGCCUUCAUUGGGAUGCAGAGAUUGCCUGGGGACCGCGCUUUGAGGGGAAGGACGUGAACCUGGACGUAUACAAGAAGUUGGGUCUGGAGAGGAACGAGACCAUGGCUGGCAUGAGCGCGGGUCAAAGCCCGAACAGCAAAUGGGAGCUGGCCUUGACUACGGCUUACACGUGGUUCCAUUGGAGCUUUGUCGCUUAUCCACCGAACUCCAAUAUCACGAAGAUUUCGGGUUGGAAUCAAAAGAUCUCCCGUGCUGACAUGGAAUCUGUGGCUUCGGCCUAUACCACUGGCAUCCAUUGUGUGUUCUGA